AUGGCUGACAGGACUGCAAUCAGAGCAGAGUUGGAGAAAAAGAAACUAAAAUUACAGCAAUUGAAGGACGAAAAGGAGAGACGAAAGAGAGAGAAACAAAGCCAAGAGUCGGCCGAACGCACCGAUGGACUCGUUUCGCAACGAAAUAUCGAAGAAGUGGAUCAACUGCUCAGAGAUGUCGGCAUCGAUCCCACCAAUAGUGAUAACUCGCUGUCGAGUAAACCAAUGGCCGACACGAGUCACUCCUCGCCGGGCAAAGACAGUCUUCCGUCGGCGACCACUCACUCGUCGGCUGUCGAGCCGAAGAACUUUUCGAUCGUUAAUCUAAACCAGACGUCGAUUGCGCCCAAAGAGAGCGUUACGUAUGAAAAGCAAACGCAAACUAUAGGCGGAAACAACGAAAGAGGAGGCGGUCCACUCGACUAUUACGAAUGGGAUGACGAGUUCCAAGUUCUUACUUAUGAUGAUAACGAAGAUGAAGGCGACGGCUCUCUGUUUGGCUCUUACAACAAGUCGUCAAUGCAUCCGCACUUACCGAACGUGGAAAUGGUUAGACCCGCGCAAACACAUCAGGAAUUGGCCAAAGAAGAAGACAAAGCGAAGGUUAAGAGAGAGUAUAGCGACGAAGAGAAGCGACACAUUAUGAUGAGUGAAGAGUUCAAAAAGUUUAUCGAUCGAGCCGUUAGAAUCACCGAAAGGGCCCUCUAUUAUAACGAACCCUCGGAUAUAUUCAUUGACUAUACGGGCACUCGUGAGGAACUCGAAAGAAUCACCGAAAGGGCCCUCUAUUAUAACGAACCCUCGGAUAUAUUCAUUGACUAUACGGGCACUCGUGAGGAACUCGAAAGCGAAGACAAGAGUGGAAAUCGUUUAGUAUUUAAUCGUUGUUUUUACGACGAGCGGUGGUGUAAGAACCGGACCAUCACUUCAUUUGAUUGGUCGACUCAAUACCCGGAAUUAUUGGUGGCCUCUUAUAAUAACAAUGAGGACAAUCCUAACGAACCGGACGGUGUGUGCCUUAUAUGGAAUAUGAAGUUUAAAAAGUCGAGCCCUGAAUACAUAUUCCACUGCCAGUCGCCGGUUAUGUCCGUGUGUUUCGCCAAAUUUCAUCCCAAUCUAAUACUCGGCGGCACUUAUUCCGGACAAAUAGUCUUGUGGGACAACCGCUCCAAUAAGCGGACGCCUGUCCAACGGAGUCCACUGUCGGCCUCAGCGCAUACACACCCCGUUUAUUGCAUUCAAGUGGUCGGAACUCCGAACUCGCAUAACGUGAUCAGUGUGUCCACCGAUGGAAAGCUUUGUUCGUGGAGUUUAGACAUGUUAUCACAACCUCAAGACACGAUGGAAUUGAGUCAACAGAAACAGUCGCGACCGGUGGCCGUCUCCUCCAUGUCUUUCCCUUUCGGCGAUUACAAUAACUUUAUAAUUGGUAGCGAAGAGGGAUCGGUGUAUACGGCGUGUCGUCACGGGACCAAAGCUGGCAUUUUGGAUGUGUUUGAGGGCCAUCAGGGACCCGUCACUGGCGUCGACUGUCAUUCCGCUCACUCGCAGAUUGACUUUUCCCAUCUAUUUCUCACUUCAUCUUUUGAUUGGACACUAAAGUUAUGGUCGACUAAAGAGAGUAAACCUUUGUAUUCGUUUGAAGACAAUUGUGAUUAUUUAUAUGAUGUGCGAUGGAGUCCAACACAUCCCGCACUCUUUGCCAGUGUUGAUGGAAUGGGAAGAAUAGACUUAUGGAAUCUGAAUAACGACACAGAAUUGCCCACCGCUUCCACUAUUGUCGACGGGAAUCCAGCCCUCAAUCGCAUCGUUUGGAACAAUUCUGGGAAUCAAGUGGUC